UUGAAAUUUUGGUAGGCGCCAAAACCAAAAUAGCUUUCCUAGGGCUUGUAGGGCGAAGGCUGUAAUCAGUCACGAAGGCAAAUUCAAUGAUUCGUGUGACUAGAGCAAUGCUUUUUAUUUCACGUUUAGAGCAAAAAAUAAAUCUUUAAAACUCAAGAGAAGAUAAAGCUAAAUCGUGAUGUAACGAUGGAAAAGAAGCCAGAGGGGGCGAUGCCUUCCUUCAAAAUAUCAUUCGCAGUUAGAAAAGCAUGAGGAAACCAAUGGAAGGUAUUGAAGAGGUCUCCAAGCUCCAGCAAGCUUUGAAAAACUUUAAAUUGUAAGAUGGCGAUAACUUAUAGUUGCUUGUUGCGACAGCAUCAAGAGAGUAUUCAGGAAAAGACGGUGAACUUGGCUAUUUAAUGCGAUAUGACGUGCUUCGAGGGGAUCCCAAAUCCUUAAAAUUCAGAUUAUGUUAGUUCAGCGCUGCUUCAAAAUGAGUGUCUGUCAUUAAAUACAAAGACGGAAAAUGUGUUAAAACGAGUCAGCAGCAUCACUCAGUCGAAAUGCCUCCAAAUCAGCCUUCAAAGGCUGGUUCUCCAGCUCACCGCAGCAUGCGCAAGGACUCGCUGCCAGCGACGGGCAUUCCCUCGGGUACCCUGCGUGAAGACUUCAGCCCCGAUGACGCCGUCGAGCUGCUGCUGGAGAACCGGGAGAAGGAGUACCAGCGCUACGUGGCCGCGCGCGCCGUGCGAGCCAUCAAGGAGAGCGACGACGAGAAGCCGGCGUCGGGCACGCUGCGGCAGCUGACGCGCCAGGCGGGCGCGGGCGGCCGGGAGCGGUGGCGGCGCAGCUGGCCGGCGCUGCUGCGCGCCGUCGCGCCGCCGCACGACCCCGAGCUGCCCGCCGAGCUGCAGAGCCCGCUGCCGCCACACAGCCGCUGGCUGAUGGACGCACGCUCCAACGUACUCUUCAGCGUGUUCACGCGCCCCACCAACCCCGUGGAGGACUUCUACCUGAUCCCGCUGGACGACAUGUGGAGAUGCCACCGGUACGGCGUCUACGGCCUGCGCUACCGGCAGUACCCGAACCCCGGCACCAAGGCUGUGCCCCGGGACGGCGCUGGACUCUACUACCGACCCAACCGGAAGAUACUGGAGAAAACGGAGGGCGCCCGGCCGGCCCGGCGGCCCGGGGUGGUGACUCUGGAGCACGUGAAACGCGUGGCCACCCGAGCUGUCGGCCAGUUCUUUCCCCGCGUGCACCGACACCCGAACUUCUUCGACGAGUGGCCGCACAUCGACGAAGUCCUCGGCUGUGCGAUCGAGUACUUCCACCACUACUUCGAGCUUCGGAGGCUGGAGGAGACCAUGGCGCAGCUCGAAUGUCAGCUCUACAACUCGAGUCAGCUGGACGGGCGCCGAAGAAGGAUGGAGGUGUGCGUGAGCGAGCUCGGUCAAAUCUACAGCACCUACCUGCUCGGCUGCGGGCUGGACUUUCACCAUCUCCAGCAGGGUGCCGGGUACAAAUCCGCCGCCGCCUCCGACCGACAGAUCUUCGAGGCGCUGAACGCGUUUGUGGCGCAGUGCGUCUGGAUCGUCUACCGGCGUCCCAACGUCACCGUCAUAGCGAGGGAGCUGGGCCGACUGUUCCGCACAGCAGGGUUUGACCCGUCCCGCCGAGCGGUGCCACCGCCUCUCGAUCAUCUGACCUCAGCGAGAACGCUAAUCAUCCCAGGCAAAAGCGCAGGAAGCGCCCGGGAGACGCCCAGCAAUGAGAACCACGGUGACCGUCAAAGUCCCCGCACCACAUCCGAUCGCCGGCUGGGAGGUGGUGAGAGACGCGGAGCGCUGGGAGGCUCCAUGAGCGGGUCCUCCAGACGGAGGCAGUCCGACACGACCCUCCGAAAGAGCACCGGCGCGAACAGCGGACGAAGGCACGUCUCUGGUGCGUCGGGCCCCAGUCAGCAUCAUGGUUCUCCUGCGCCACACUCGGGUUCUCGUCAAACCUCUCAGCAUGUGUCCUCAGCGAGUCACGGAACGAGAGUGUCCAGUGGCAACUCGGGCGGCACACGUAACACGGAGACCCCAGAGGGUGGUCCGAACGCCAGCGCUGACCACUCGGCCAGUCCACCAGCUCAGCCGAGUGGGGGUGAAGAGCCUACCAGCCCGGACUCCCAGCCGGCCCAGACACCCUCCUCGGCCGUCUCGGAGCAGCAGUCUCCUCCGCCCGGGAGCUCGGCGACACCUCCACCCGCUACCGGCCGCGUCGCUCAAGGUGGACCGGACCAAAGUCGGGAUCCUGGGCACGCCGCUGCAGAACUAUGACGACGUACUGGCCGCCAUCGACUACGAGCGAGAGGAGAAGCAGAAGCGUCUGCAGUUCCUGGGACCGAGCUCGACGCGGGCGGGAGUGUCGCGGGUGGCAGGCGUCCUGCCCUACCUCCUGCUGCCGUCCAAAUUCUUCAGCCCCGAUGCGUAGCGCGAUGAAUGAAAAUUCCGUGAAUUGAUUUUCUACGCAAUAAACGUCUAACAAACAAAUAAUAUUAA